AUGGCAAAAAGAAAAAAUAUAAGACCAAUAAAAAAAGAUCAAAGGAGUCUCAAGAUAAAUAAUACUAAGGAGAAUAAGCAAAAUGAUAUUUCAGAUGAUUUAAUUAUUGGGAAUAUUCCAAAUUUAAAUGAAAAUAUAAAAAAAAAGAAUCUUCCUAAAAUUGUUCAGAUAAAAAAAAAUUUCAAAAAAUUAGAAAAAGAAAAAAAAUUGUUAAGUAACUUGGAUACUGAGCAAAAAGAAAAGGCUGAGCAUUUAUUGAAAGUAAAAAAGGCAAUACUUAAAUCUAAAGGAGAAAAAGUUUAUAAUGAGAAAAGUCUCAAGAAAAGAAAAAAAAAUAUUUUUAAGAGAAAAGAAAAAUCACGUAAAAAAUGGGAGAAUAAAACGAAAAAAUUAUAA